AUCGACAGUUUCGUCGCACCUCUUGUGCCGGAUAGACGUUCGUUGAUAUCGAAGUGAAUAGAUAUACGUUUUAAAUGGCAUACACAAUGGAUACAAUGGUGACAAUGGAUACAUGAAUUGUUCGAUAAAAAUAAUAGUGUGUGUGAUCAACAUCGCGUGAAAAUAUUUUUUAAUAAUUGACGAAAUACUACGAAAGAUCUUUGGAAAAAUUCUUAUUUGUGUGUGUAGGUGUAAUAAAUUAAAAUCGUUUGAUACGCAUAAGAUCUCGAAAACAUCGAUAAAUCAAUCAGCAUGACUUUGCGCAUUUGCAAUUUGCUUCACUAGAAUCUGGAUUAUUAAUUUUCUUUCCGACACGAGAGUGCCCUUGCCAAAAUAAACAUCUUCAAGGCUUAUAACAACAAUCACGCUAUCCCGAUAUUCGAUUCCACGUCAGGCGUCCACUGAUGGUACUGCAAACAGCGAAAUAAUAUAAGGCGUAUGUGUAUGCGAGUACAAUUCGCCUUUCUCAGCUGUAUUUAAUCAACUGGUGACGGUCAUUGACCUCAAUCACUGAUUGCAUAAUCGACGAUAAUGCGCUACUUAUACCGGAAACACGUAUGAGUAAAAAGAUUCAGCAAUGGUACACCGAUCGAGCGAGACAUGUCAGUGAGCUGACGGAUAACACUUUCAAAGCAUCGAUCAAUGCGCAGCAUCACAUCUGCAGGAUCCGUGACGACUUUGAUAUCUCGAGAAGGAACGGCUGCGCGUUAUCAAGUACUUGCCACAAGAAUCGCAUCUCACAAAUGCUCUUAUCGAAAUAAUCAUGGAUCGCCAGGAAUUUGCAGUUCAUAAUCAGAAAUCAUCGGAAUACGAUGAUGUCGAAAAAAAGAUGACAGAAUUAUUUGAUUUACCAGGCUUCGUCGCAUAUAUAAGUCCUUCGGAUAAGAUUGCGUACAGAAAACUGCAAUUAUCUUCACAACAUAAGGAUCUAUUGCCGCGCGGUAGUCUUCAAGAGUCUGUCCCUCAGAAGGAACAAAAUAAAUAUCAAAACGAUGAUGAAAAAAAAUCGUGGUCGAGAAACUCGGAGCAUAAUUCUGAGAAAACCGAGGAAGAAAUUGCAGACGACAGCGUAAAAUUAAACGCGAGCUCUUCUGUUGAAACUGCAUUAUCAGGCAUCAGAACGGAUGCUAAUACUUGUCAAACUAAAAUCCAGGAGCGUAGCUUGUCUGCGAAAAAAUCGUCGGAUAACGCUAUACAAAACUCUAUCCAAGAAACAAAAGAAAAGAACUCUCACAUUAAUAGCAGUAUUAUUUUAACGAAUGACAGACAUAUUUCUGCCGAAAAAUCGAGCACCAAAGUAAAGCUAGAUUCUUCGAAAAAUAAAUUGCUAAGCAAAUCUGCACAUAAUUCCGUCCGCGAAUUCAAAAAUAAAAGUUUGCAUUUUAAACGUAAAACUAUUUCUUCGAAAAAUAUAUGCAUCAAUAAGAAACAUUCAUUGAGAAAUAAAUUAUUCAAGACACGUAUUAGAUUGAAGAAGCAUCAUUCUAGCAGUAGCAUUGACUCCUCGAAAAAUAAUACGAUUUUUAAAAAAGAAUACGAACUAUAUAAAAAAGAGCAAAAAAGAGAAAUAGAAAUAAAUCAAGAGGCCUCUUCAUCAAAAAUUAAAUCGUUAGACUCACAAGAACACAGCAAUGAAUCUAAAGAUAAUGAUAAUUCAUGUGAACGUAAUGUUAAUGUAUCACAUGAUACAACAGUAUUAAAUUUAAGACCUUGCUUAGAAACGGAAACUAAUGAUAUCGUAGAUGAAAAUCAAAACAUACCUAUUUCGAAUACGCAAACUUCUGGUAGCGAUUCUGAAUUGUUAGCUGAGCAAGCACAUGCUUCUGCAACUAAAAUAUCUGUAAAAAUAGAUACACAAGACGAAAAUAUAAAAACAAAGCUUACAGAUUGGCAGAGUGAUAGUCUACCUGUCGAAACAGAUUUUAAAAACGCAGUUAAAGAAAGCGAACAUUCUGAAUCUUUGGAUGAAAGUGUAUCGACGAAAAAAAUUCAAAAAAAGAAAGAGGCAUCUCUUGAUAGGUCACUCGAUGAAAAUUUGAUGAAUGAUACCGAGAUACUCGAUCGUAAAGUGUUUUCCGAGGAUAAACAAAUUCAUGAUAAUAAUGAGAAUGAAAAGCAAAUAUUUUGGGAGAGGAUUACACAAUAUAUGACAAAGAAAAGAGAAUAUAGAUAUCUAAGACAAAGAAGAAAAAUACAAUGCAAGAGGCUGAAUAAGAUUAAAAGGAUACGAAAAAAAUUUCGCGACUGUUUUCAAGAUUGUCCUAGCAAAAGUGAAAGUGACGAGGACUUCAAGAUUAUAUCGGAAUGCCUAGAGAAAAGAAAUCUGCAAUUUGUCUCAAAUAAUACCGAAAUAUAUGACACAUCUAACGAUAUUAUAACAGAAGAAGAGAUGGAAGAUAUUUACGAAAGAGAUGAAAUAUUGAUGCAUAGACGUUGUGAGUCGGUUAAUAGUUUGAAACAAGAUUCAGAGAGCGUAAUCUCUCAAGUAGAAUCCAUCGAUUCAAAUGCUUCCACCAUAUGCAUCCAAAACGACACAUUGCACGAUUUUACAACGGACGAAGAGAUGGAUGAAAAUACAGAUUUUAACACAGAUAAAACAUCGACAUGUAAACGUCAAGUGUUAGUUGAUACUUCGCAGGAGGAUAUAGAGAACGUAAUCCCGGUGAAAGUACAGCGCAUAGAAAAUUCUGUAUUAAUUGCCGAUGCCGAAACCGUUGUUAGCAAAAAUGGUACAGAUAACGAAGAUUGUGCGGUUAAUGUGGAAUCGAAAGACGUAAUUAUGCAGGACGCGCAAGAAGAUAAAAAAAAUAUCGAAAAUGUUAAUAUCGAAAAUGCCGAGGAAACGAAAGAAGUAAAUAUGGAGAAUACGCAGGAAAAUCAAGAGGACAUCGGAAAUAUUAAUUUAGCCAACGAUGUAAAAAUAUCGAAAGAUAUAAAACCAAACUUGAUAUUAUCAACUAUGUCUGCGCAAGAGUUAAUAUCCAAUAUUGAAGAGAAAGAUGGCUGUGAUGUAUCGCCAACUGUCGAAAAAGUAUUCUUAACAAAUAACGAAGAUACCAUGAAAAAUAAAAUGACUGUGAUAGCCGAUCAUGCUUCGAUAAUGUCACCAGAAUUGGAGGAAAGUUCUUCAAACAAGAAAGAUGGCAUUAACGAAGCUUUCUCCUCAUCAACAUUCGCGUCUUCAAAAAAAUCGGAUAUAAACACCAGUGAUGAUAAUUCAUCAAUAGAUGAAGAUAACAUUAGCGAUAUUGAAGUAGAAAUAAAAAUAAAACCCAAGUCGAAAUCUCGAAUAUCGAAAAAAUUUUCGCUGAAAGCACCGUUAUCUGUAGUGAAUACGUGCAUCUGCAAAAAUUUGAAUGCAUUGAAAAGCAAACCAGAUAUUCUUGGCGAACUCUUUCAGAUGAGUUUUAAAACAUCUUCCGAAACAUCCUCCAAAAACUCCAGGCACGGGAACACAAUCAGCAGCGAAGUAAACGAAGCGAAAAUUACGUCGGAAAAAUCGUCUGACGUUAAUCAAGAUAGUAUCGCUGAAACAGCAUCACAUAUUUGGGAAGUUAUAUGUAAUCCUAGUCAUAUUACCAAAAAUAAUGCAAAUCAUUCUUCAAAACAACAGCAAGACCAAAGUUCUCAAAAUGAUACAAUUUUUGAUAAAGAUGCGACGCAUCAUCAAGAAGGAAACAAUAAACACGUACAAUCUGCCGAACAAGAAAAGAUGCAGAUGAUAAGUGAAAAUGAUUCUGAAUCAGCCAAAUCUGCGUUUGAUUUAGAAAAACAAUUACCAAAGCCUUCCUCGAAUGACAAAGAAAAGAUAGCAGACGAGCAACAAAAAAAUCCUCAAGAUAAUAUAAUUUCGAUUGAGGAUGGAGAUGCGACGAAGGGUGAUCAGGGAAAAAAGAAUGAGUGCGUACAGUCCGUCGAAGGGAAAGGAAUGCCUGAAAACAAUGUUGAAUCAGCUAAAUGUACACUCGACAUGCCUGAUUUGGAAAAACAACCAGAGACUUCCUCGGAAAUUUUGGAUGCAAAAGACAACGUAAGGGUUCGAACGAGCGCGGAGCUUGGAUCCUCGUGGGAUGAUAUUCCUAUGAAUUUAACUAUGAAUUCUGAUAUAUCGAUUAUAUCAAACAAUACAGUGUCUUCAGCAUCAUCGGCAUGCAGAUCAUCGCCACCAUCGUAUAGUUCCGCUACUAAAUCGGCGAAUCAUUCACCCAAAUCGUCGAAUCUAUUCGGCGUACCGGCUGAUAAUAUUUCUUCGAACUUUGAUGUCACGAAGGUACAAGAUGCAGUAUUAAAUAUUUGCUUGAACUUUGCAUCAUGCCGCAAGAUUUGUGAAGAACAAAUAUUCACCGAAGAAAAGAUGAAUAAAAUGAAGAUCAAUCUAAUUCAAAUAUUUCAAAAUAUAGAUACCUUGAAGAUAUUGUUGCAUAUGCCAAACGAAGAUCAUAUUAUAAAUUACAUCAAUCAACAAAAGAUACUAGCUAUGCCAAUAUCAUUUAGAGAAUUUAAGAAAUAUUUGAUUUUAUUCGGAAAUUAUGUAUCGAUCGUCACGUGUACCGCACCGUUUCGCGAUAAUAUGUAUUCAAGCAUGCCGCAACAUUCGAACAUUAACAGUUCAGUUCCGAAUGCAUCGGCAUCAAAUGUUCACGCGCAAUCACCAUAUUUGGGAAAUAUUUCAGGCAUGCAGUUGCCAGGCAUGCAGCAUCUCAGAGCGCAAUCCUCAACAAUGCCACCUCCGAGACCGAGUAUCAAUCGAUCACCGCCUUCGAGGAGUACGAACAAUUCUUCGCGUUUAAGGCAACCUGUACCGAAUAUUUGUUCGUCAAAUCCCAUUUUGAAUCCAACGAUUAAUCCACAACAACCUAUAGGAAACGCGAAUUAUUUACAAGGCCAGCGUAUGCCAAAUGUGUCGAGUGUCAAUAAUCAACAGUUUUUCGCAAAUUUGGGUAACACUACAUCGUCGGCCCCCCCAUCAGCAUCAAAUAUUAAUAUGCGCACGUAUUCGUCCUCAAAUCAAGGGAAUACAAACAUCUCUUCUACAACUGGACAGACGCAUAUCGGAACUGCCAGUAGUGCGACUGCAGCAUCUGCGAUUAACAUGCAACAACAGAACCAGACUUUGUACCCUCAGAUGCCGUUUUACAUAAAAUCAGUACCGUAUUUUCCGGUAUUCGUGACAAACCAAAAUAUUAAUAGAAUAAAUCAGUUUGUACACAAUGUCACUCAGUCCAAAGUUUGUACAACUGUUAACGCUCCGGGAAAUGUGACGGGAAAUGUUGGACCCGGGAAUCCGUUUGUAAAUCCGCACACUCCACCGAUACCUGCGGAGAAAAAUGUUCCACAACAUAACAAUAGCGUGCCGAAUAGUGUCGCGUCGCAAUCUGCACGUGUAAAGAAUAUUUUGCCGAAACCGAGCCAGCAGCAACAAAAUUCGCAACAAUACCUGCACCAAAGAUUACCCAAUGGUACGUCUAUAUCUUUAAUCAAUUUGACAAGUAAUAAUGUCUCGCAGAACGCGCAGCCAUCCAUGGCGAAAAAGAAAACGAGCAUCUCCGAGACACAAACUAGGGAUUGCAUACCAAAUCAAACAUUAUUCGCGAAACCACAACAAAAUGUACAUCAAGGAACCCCGUGUGUCCAUAACGUAUGCACAAAUGCGUACGAAUGCGUACAUAAAGUAUCGCAAAAGUCGUCCGGCAUCUUUACGAAGAAUCCCGUGUCGCAAGAACCGAGUGUCUCGCAAAAUUCAUUUAAUGCGACUUCGCAAAGAGAUAAAAUAAGAUUAUUAAAAUCUACACCUGUACCAUCGCCGCCAAACGAAAUUGUGAACCCUCACUUUAAUCUAAGUAUUCUGACAGAUCUUCAAAAAUUUAUAUUGAUAGAUCAAUUAAAAUUUUAUCUCAAAAAAUGUUCAUCUAACCAAGACUCCCAAAUAUUGCGCCUUGAAAGAAAGAUGUUAGUUCUCUUUUAUGAAUCUUUACAUAAUUAUAUCACCAACAUGAUGAAAGAAAAUCAAGUCAAAGAGAAACUACAAAACAAUGCAUCGCGGAAAAUAUCGAAAAUACUAAAUCAUCUAAAAUCAUCAAAAAUCGAAACAUCUUGCAACAAAACUCAGUCUAAUAAAACUAAUGAGAAUAAUUCAAUCUGCGAUAAAGUAGGAGAAGGACAAUCUCUAAAAAAAAAUAUUGAUCUGAACACUUCAAUAAACUCAAAAUCUAUGAUGGUAGAAAAUAAUUUAUUGACGAAAGCGCGAAAUGGGGAUUCACUUGUUCAAUCUAUGUUAAAAUCCACGACAAUUAAUAACGAAGAAUCAUCUCCGGAAAUUGUAGUUUUGCCAAAGGAAACUAUAGAUACACCAAAGAUGCGAUGCAAGAAAAACUCAUCUUCCUUUAUGGAAAAACAAUCUGAAAAUAUAAAAACAUCGUUAGAUUCGGGACAUGCAAAUAUUCUGGAGGAAAAUUCGAUCGCGGAAACGUCGCGCGGAAUCUCGGAAACGAAAACGCAAGAUGACGCAAAUAUUAAUAAUACUGCAAAAUCUCCGGCGGAAAAAUCACAUGUUGAGCAAUUAUCAGCAUUAUGUUCUCUUCUCGCACAAAAUACAUCGAGUUGCUUACAAAAUGCAUUAAGCGAUGAAAUAAAAGGCUCUUCAAAGAUUGCAAAAAAUGAUGCUAAAAAAACUGAUAACAUACAGACGGGAAACAUACUUAAAAUUUCGAAUGUUAUAACGUUAAAUAAUAUUAAAGAAAACGAUGCUAUAUCACAAUCCUCUUUUAAUACGAAAACGCAAGAUAAUAUAAUAAAUAAAGAAACUGAAAAAUCUUCGGCAAGAGAUCUACAUGAUAAGCGCAUGUCGGAAUCAUGUUCCUCUCCUACACAAAAAACGUUGAACUUACAAGAUAAUGAAACGAAAGAUGAUAAUGUAAACAUCGGAGGACCUGAUGAUGCGGAAACGGACAACAUAUGCAAAAUCUCUAACGUUACAGUGUUAAAUAGCAAUGAAGGAAACGAAAAAACGGUGUCGCAAGUUCCUUGUAAUACAGAAACUCGAGAUAAAGAAUUGUAUCAUAAUGAAGCGCAUAAUCUCAACAAUAAAAUAUCUGGCGAAAAUUCACAUGAUGGAAUGCGCGAUAACGAAAAAACUGCAGAAAAUACCAAAAGAUCGAUUUUCACAGAACAAUCUAAUACGUCAUGUAUACCACAAACUUCUACACCGUUUAUAUCAGAUAAUACGUCAAAAUUAUUAUUUCCGACGAACAGAAGCGAAUCCGCAGAAACAUCGCGAAUACAUAUCGCAUGUGAAAAAUACACUUCCAAAACGUUAUCAGAAUUUUUGUCAACCUUGUCACAAGAUGAUCCUCCGCAUAAACAGAUUAAUAAUUCUGAGACAAUGUACGAUGAGAGCUACGACGAAAGUUCAGGAAUUCUGCACAUCGACGAAAACGGGGAAAAAUCGAGUUCAGAUUUGCAAGAAGAGCAGCACGAUAAGAUAUCGUCUUCCGAAAAUAAACCGAAUACGUCGCAGGAUUUAUGUCUUGACAAGACGAGGUGCGAAUCUAUAGAAAUAACAUCACUGUCACCGUUUGAAGAAAAUUUCGAAUUAAGAUUAUUAGCAGUAAAAGAACAAAAUAUUCAGAAACUUAAUGAGGAAUUAGCAUCAAAACAAAAGGAGAUACAAGCUGAGGAAAUAUCAUCGUCUGAAAUUCCAAAGGAUACAUCAAGCACGAGAGCGGCGAUGGAAUCGAUCGACACCGUGAAAGAAUUUGGAAAUAUAAAGGAGAACCAAGUACAAAUGGAUACUCAUAGCGGCGUUAAAGCGAUUAAUGAACUACUCAGACAUGUAUCCGAUAGGUAUAACGGAAAAUCGAGAUCUUCUUCGUGCAAUCUUACAAUGAAAAGCAACGCCACAAAUGUGAAUGAGACUGUUGUCGACAGAAAUGAUAUUUUGAACUCCAAGAUUAUCAGUCCCGCGAAAAGCGAAGAUGAUCAUGAAAAUUCCGAUAUCAUGAUGAAUAUCCUGAACGUCACAAGCAUAUCGGCGUCGUUAUUUGAGAAAAUAGACAAUUCUGAUACGCUUUCAGAUGAUCUUGCAUUGUUGAAUGAGACGAAGGAAAAAUCGUCAUAUGCGAAUGACAAUCUGGAAGUUUCUAACUCCACAUCGUUAAGUGAGAUUAGGGUAGAAGAAUCGCUGAACGUAAACGACAAUCCGGAAGAUCCUGAUUCCGUAUUGUUGAAAAAUAUAAAAAUAGAAGAGUCUUUGGACAUUGACGACAAACUGAAAGUCUUUGAUUCGUUGAAUGAGAUAAAGGAAGAAAAGUCGUCAGAUGUAAACGACAUUCCGGAUUUUAAUUCCAUAUCGUUGAAUGAGACGUAUAGAGAAAAGUCGUUUAAUUAUAAUCCGGAUAUCUAUAAUUUCGAGGGGUUAAAUGAGAUGAAAGAAGAAAAAUCUUUAAACAAUGAUUCUGAAGUACUAAACUCCGCAUCGUUGAAUGAAAUCAAGGAAGAGAAAUCGUCGGAUGUGGACGACAAUUUGGAAGUCCAUAAUGUCAUGUGGUUGAAUACGUUGAAAGAAAAAAAGUCCUUGAACAUAAACAAUGGUUCUGAAGUCCUUAACUCCACGUUGAAUGAUAUGAAAGAAAAAAAGAACGUGAACAAUGAUUCGGAAGUCGUUAAUUCCUCGUCGUCGAAUGAAAAAAGGAAGGAAGAAAUAUCGUCGGCUGUAAAUGACAAUUUAGAAGUCUCAGGUGAACAAGAGAACAGGCCGUGUUUACGUUGUAAACGCAAAAGCAUGGUAUAUUGUCAGGCCUGUUUGGAGGCUCCUUACUGCUCCAAACGUUGUUCAGAUUUGCAUUGGAAAGCAAUUCAUUACAAACAUUGUAAGAAUCUUUACAAGCCAAUCAUCUGUAUCGAUUUAUAAUUUUUCAAGAUUCUUGCCUGUGCUGGUUUUGAAUACGGCGUUCAAUUGGAAUCUUGGGCUUUUUUCUUAAUAUACCAAAUAUAUAAACCAUGUCUGUUCGAGCUUAACUAAUCAGUAUUUGUUAUUACUUAUGUCUAAAAAAUAUAUUAAUUGCUUGACAAAAUUAUUUUUAUAAGAAAAAUUUUCUUUAAAUUAUACGCGAUAUAUAUAUAUAUAUAUA